AUGGCCUCGAAGAGCUCAAGUAUAACGGAAACGACGAAUGUCAGCAACGAUAGCGUGGCACCGCAUUCAACACCCCAAUGGCUCAAUGAGCUAGAACCGGAAGGUCCCGAAUGCUCAGACUACUUCAACGAGUUCAAGCGCUGGUGUAUUUCGAAGGAUAUCUCCUGGCUGUACCCUCCUGAUAGAGCUCCGUUCACAGGGUUUAUAAAAGAGAUGAAUCUGCGAACUUACCCCGAGGAUCCAGAGGGAUAUCCAGGCUUUCACCACGCAUUCGGCCUCUUUGUCCGCUAUUAUAAAGCCAGGAAUGGCAACCCCCCUGGAAAGCUGACGAUGAUGGACAUGUGUACGCUGCUUGAUAUGCUGAAUAGCAAGUUUGCCUCCACGAUAGCAGACGAGCGGUUUGCGAUCGAUGGGAAAGUCACCGGCGAUAAAGUUGGUGAAAAAUGGCGCAUCGCCUCGAAGCUGCAAGACGUUGACGGAAGCUUCAACCGUGGUAUUUACUUAGUCCACAACGAGAACAACCCUGAUAAUUCCGUACAGAUCAUGAAGACUCUUCCCCUACCCAGAGAUUAUCUCGGCUUCGCUGAGCGAGAGCUCGAUAUUCUCGGGACUUUGCAGCACGACAAAGUCAUCAAGUUCUUCGACGGUACCGCACCAAAGAGCAUACACGAUACGGCAUGGAUGAUCACGGAGUACUGCAACAAAGGUACGUUGUUUGACUUCCUCGCAAAAUAUGCCUAUGAGGCGAAACUUCCAGUACCUGAGCUCUUCGUUUGGAACAUCUUGGAGAGCCUGGUACACGCGGCUGUUUAUCUGCACUAUGGUCCGAAUGUACUCGAAAAGUUUGAGCAACAGGAGCCUGAAGAUGGAUGCCUGGAGGUUAAAGAAGACGCCUCUUGGGAUGUCGUAUAUCAUCGCGACAUCAUUCUGUCGAACGUCUUCAUCACUUCUAGUACCGGCGACAAGACUGAGUAUCCGAUCGUCAAGUUAGGCGACUUUGGCUGCGCCAUGCGGCAAUCAGAAAUUAGUACUUUGGACCAAGACAAAUAUCCAAAGGCAGAGGAAACACCGCGUAUGGACCCUGCAUACGUGCCACCGGAGGGUCAAUAUGGCACCAAAGCCGUCGAUGUGUAUCAGAUCGGCCGACUAACGUGGUGUGUUGUGCAGAACGUCGUGUCUCCUACCUGUCUGGACGAGAAGGCAAUGCUGCCUGAGAAUUUCGAAACUUCAGAGGAUGCGCCUUACUCACGGGAGCUACGCCGCAUCCUCUAUUCCUGCACGAGGGCCCGCGCUGACCUUCGAAUCGAUUCUCUGCCUCUAUUACGCCUUGUCCGGGAUACGAGGAAACGAUUGAUAUCUGAGAACCGCUUGCCGUUUGUCGAGCUCUACGUAUCUUUUGUUGAGCGUCUUUCUGAGUUCCUUGAAUUCGCCCGUUAA